UUCUGAUUGUGAUGAUUAUCGGGAUUCUACGAGCAGUAGUAGUAGUUCUAGACUACCGUGCGUUUGGGCGAACUCAGCGGAAAUUUGUCGACACUUUCGGACAAGCCUAACAAGAUUGAGCUUAGAAAGUCACGGGAAUGGAGCAAAGAUGGAUAAGGGUGUAGCUGUUGAGGAGGAGCCGUUAACGGAAGAUGGGGAUACGCCAAGAAAGGCGGCACCUCUGUUUCUCUUCUACUCCUGCAAGACGUCCGGAAGUAGCUUCAUGAAGCACAAACUUCUGAACCUUGCCAUCCACUGCUGGCCCUACGAUGACCACGCUCCAGUCUUCUUCCGGAGAAUCAACCACAUGGACAGAGGGAAGGGCUUGGGAAAAGGGAGAGCCCAACAGCCAGUUAAAGGCCAGAAAUCCGGGUCGUCAGACGACGACAUCACCAGGACACCGGCAGCAGUGCACGUGAUAGAGGAAUUACUGCAGUGGAUCGACAGCACCGUCGACAAGGCCAGUGCUGCAUCGGGACUAGCGCUGUAUCCAGUUUUGAUCGCCCACUGGGGGGAGACGUUCCAGUUUCUCUUCCUUUUCCGGAUGCUGGAAAAAUACGGCAUUGAUGCGUUGGAAACCCUUGGGGCGCACAACGUGCACUUUGCAGACCCUGUACCAACGCUCAAACAGUACAAAGACGCAAGGCACCCGUGGCUCAUUGAUUCCCGCUCUCUUGGCCUGGGUUCACUGUUGAAUGACUGGUUUCCUGCACAGUUCCAUGAGAGAGAUUUGUAUUUCUCCAGAAGCUGUGGAGCCCUGGUACUGAAGCUCUACACACAGAGUCCUCUGUAUUGGCUUCUGUACCGAGUGCCAAUAUUCAACACCCAGGAGUGGGUUGACUUCUACAAAGGAGAAAAACUUUACCAAGAAGACAAAUGGGAAUUGCAAGAAAAUCUUCCCAGCAGAGUGGUGGGCCUGCAGCGAAAGCUGACCGUCAAGCAACUCCUCAAGCACGGCUACAGCUGGUCAGCACUGAUCGAUCUAUACAAAUCCUGCGGCUCCCCGCAUCACUUCCGGCAGGAGCUACGGGAUAUUGACGUCAAGACAGGUCCCGCCAGCCAAAUCACAAUCGCUUUGGCCGGAAUGAAACUAGAACAGGACGGCUCCAGGGAGUACAAGGUACGCAUAAAGUCCAACAUGCAGUAUGUCAAGUACUAUCACCUCACAGACCCUAGAGGACGCCAUUUCAUACUGCGCGUCGCCAACGUUCUCCCGCCCAUCUUCUUCAAGCUGAGCGACCUGUGCGACAACACUUGGCAGGUGCCUGACAACCUGCUGCGGAUCGGUCCGCCUGAAACGUGGAAUGCGAUGCUAGACCUUGCCCCAAGGGACGAGAAUGACAACUACCGCGACGAAAAUGUUCUGAAGGGACUUCUAAACCUCCCGUCAGGAGACAGCAGCGAAGGAGAGUGGGACAAAGCGGACGAGGACAACGGUUACCAGACCUUCUCUAACAGCGAGCUGCCGGACUGCUACUUCAGGGAGCCAGCCCCGGCUCACGUCCCCACCACCCUGGUCAAGGGUGUCGGGGCUACCAACCCCUUUGCCUUCCCUGAGCAGGACUGGCUGGCUGUGGAUAGCUGGAACCAGACACCAGAAUCAGAUUCAACCAAGGGUGAGAACUGUUCCAGCAGGAGCCCGGCAUCAGGCAAGCAACUGGCAUCUGCCAAGAAUGCUGUCCCAGCCAGUGAUGCCAAUUCAGUGGAUUUGUGUAAUCACACUGUAGCCGAUCAGCAGCCCCAGAGAUUGUGCAAAUCUUUGGGCACCAAUUGCAGGAACUGUAAGAAGUCCAGGCGUUCUACCGCAGGGAAUCAUAGCAAUUGCAAGCCUGCAGUGCAGUCCAAGUAUUCCACUUCAACCAAUCAGCGAGAUUCAUCAGAACCAUACCACUCUACCUCCUCCAGUCAGACAAACCGUUCUGAAGUGAAUUCGUCAAAGUUGUACUUGGGUCCAUCCAAUCAAAGCAGCUGUAAUUCCAGCCAGACUUUCACAAAGUCCAAUAACUCUACUUCAAGCAGUGCUAGACAUUCGGUAAGGUCUCAUCAAUCCAUAACGUCCACUCAGGUGGCUCCACAACGUGGGACCCCUGAUCUCUCAUCUAUCUCCUCCUCAGAGUUUUCCCAUGAUGGACCACAUCACAACCAGGGUGCAGUUCCAAAAAAGAAGGGGUGCCCUCCACCGAGGCCUCAGUCCAAGAAGAAAAGCCGCCAACCGGCUCAGGCCAAUGAGGCAGCUGUAGUGGAGUCACCUCCCUGUGCGGCAGCCAAUCACGGGCCAGCGAAUGGGUACCGUCGAAAUGGUCACUCAUCAACCUCCUCAGAAGCGCCUCGUGAUGAAGUAUUCCAUGCCCAUAAAUCAGCUCCAGCAAGAACGCAGUCCAAAAAUGGCAGAAAGCAAGCCAGACAUGAGAGUUAGUUGUAAGAUAUUUCAUUCACAAGGAGAGCUGUCGUACAGUAUCAGAUACCAAAAAAGCACAACUCAGUCGUAAAUCAGUCUAAUCACAGUAAGUGUAUGGUGAUCGUAUCCAUCAUGAAAUUCUUAUAAUGAUAUAAGAUAUAGUGGGUGAAGGAGUUCUAUUUAAGAUCAGGUGAAACUAUAUUUUGAGUUUACUUUGCUGCAAAGCCAGAUUUCCAUGCCGGGCCAUAUUUAUUAAUUUACUUUUUUUGGGGGUUCUGAACAUGUUUUUCUCCAAAUAAAAAUGUAUUUCACAGACAAACGUCUUAUCAUGAUUAAAUCCACAGUUCCAUUGACUUACAUGCAAAAAGCACGGUUGUGUGCUGAACAGUUUGCAGCUACUGUGUGAUUCCCCAAACCUUGUUGCUUCAGCAGCAUAUCAUUAUGUCAUGGCUCCUGACUAUUGGCAACGUCCCACAUAUAUUAGUACAAUUAAUUAGUGUGACACAUUUAAGAAGGGCCAUAAACCAAGAGCAGCCACGUUGUAUGGACAAAUCUGGUGUCCUUACAUAGUAACACUAUCUUUGGUCUUUCACAGCGGCCCCCGGCAAUGGCUGCAAGCAUCAUGAUAACCACAGUCACUCUGUACAAAACCCAACACAUGCUUUCCAGUUUUCCACCAUUGAAGGCUGCUAUCUGGAUUGCUCAGUGAAAUGUGACUGGAUUUGUCAAUACAAUUCUUGUUCUUAUUUUCCCUUUUUCAGGUUUUAGUAUGAGACAAUAAUAUUUUGCCCUCCUUUCAUUCACCUUAGAUGCAAAGAAAUGGCAUUCACAAAAUAUUAAAUAAAAAUUCCCCACCAAUUGAUAUUUGCCCAUUUUCAGUGGCGUAAACCUGAAAAUUCAUUUUAUGUGGUGGAAAGUAAGUUACAUGUACUGUAACAGAAACUGCGCAUUUCAAAACUUUGUUCUCCAUCUUCCAAGUCAAAAAAUUUACCAAAAGUAUUUCUUAUUAAAAGAAAAUGGUACAUAUAUAUUGCUAUGUUACUUUUAUAGAUUUAUUUAGUCUUGUUUAUAAAUUACGAGUACAUCAAAAUCGUCCAUUUUUUACCGUUCUUCAGUUCUGAGAAUUAAACAAUGAAGUCUCUCUGCUUCAGUGUGUAAUUCUUUAUGCGUUGAAGUUACCACACUUGGUUAACUUUUAAAAGAUGGUGCUAAAAUAUUUAUGGUUAGUUUUUAGUUGUCUGGUUCAUACAUGUUACUUCAUUGUCUUUUUUGCCCUCACAAUGUCAGAUAUUUAUUAACAGCCAAAUGAACAAGUGAAAUUUGGCAUUUGAAAGUUUGUCAUCACCUUUAGAAGAUCAUUAAGAUCGAAAGAGAUUUUACAUUAUGUAUGCCAGGUAUGCCUUCCACAAGUAAGCGUGUAGCUUCUUUUGAAGUGUAGAAAGAGGUGAAUAAUAACUGAUAAAUAAUAUAACUAUGUUUUUUAUAUGUUUCUAAGGUAACCAUGAGAUCAUCAUCCGAUGAUUAAUUAAAGUGGAUAUCAGUAAUUCAUCUCUUUUUAUAAAUAUAAUCCUAGCCUCAUUCCAGUGAGGAAGUCAUGUUUACUCAACAGGUCUGACCGUUAAGAAAUAGACUUGCUGGUUGUCUUGGGUUUGUGUGUUGUUAAUAACCAAUUUUUCAUUCAAUUUGGUAAUUUGUCCCAUUUGUGCACAAGCUUAUGCAUACCAUGCUUGGAUCCCAUAGCAUACAUGUAGCUGCCCUGUCCUUAAAAUCACUGCAACAUAGUAAGACUUGGGAUAGUUGCGAUUAUCGCCAUUUGCCAGAUAAAAAUGUGACCACCACUAUAGUUUCCAUUGUGUGCAGUUAAAAACAGUGGUGUUUGAUAUUGUGCGUACUUGCCUACGUUGCCCUGAUAUCGUCUUUGUAUUUCAGGUAUCCGUAGUGUGAAGUGUUGCAACUUUGCCGAUCCGUCUGGGGCGAUACUUCCGUUUGGCAUUUUUCCGUGUGUCUGCGUUGCAGUUCGAGUCUUGAUUGCGUUGCUUUCUGCGUUUCUUACGUCAAUAUGGAAAACAGGUUUCAGGAUUCUUUGUCCGUGUACUGUAUCCUGUUACAAUAUUUAAGGGUGUUGAAUUUCGGUUUUUAAAUAUGUAUUACUUUUUCUAUUCUUCAAACCUAUUCUGCCACAGGGUUUAUAUUAUUGACAUAAAAGGUCAACUGGUUUGCGUUAGUGCAACCAAGAAGAAGGCACUGUUACAUUGAAUAAAACACAUUCUAGAUGCAAAGAUGGUUUAAGCAUGUUCUAUGGUUUAAAUUAUCAAAA